UGUGAAUUUCAGUCAUAUCUAAAAUUUCGGGAACUUAGGACCUUUCAAUUUUUGUUCGUAAAGUAUUUUCUUUAAAAUUUGGAUUUACGUUUUGAGGUGUGAUAGUUUUUAAAUUUUAAAACUCGAAUACUCGGACUAAAAUCAUGUUUCGCAACUUGUCGAUGCUAAGGAACAAACUGGCGAUGCAGAGAAUUCUGGUCUCCCGAUUGACCUCGCGCUCAAAUAUGUCUACCGGGCUUACCUGCCUCACCAUUAACCGACCGCGAAAUAUCGAUGGCGUUACCGUGAUUGAUAUUAAUAUAAAUGAUAUGGCUAAGAAUGACGUCGAGUUCAAUCGUAAUUUCGUUAACUCGGUGUCAUCCAUCGAGAUCCCCCAUUUCCAAGAGUUAAUUCAGUCAGUGGCUGCGGAUGUAGCUGAAACGAAACCUACAGAGGAUCCGGCACCCGCGGACACUGUGGAAAUCCUACCCAGUGGGGCACCAAGUUCCGUUUUAGGCGUGGACGGUAAUCCCAUUGUGCCCAUUGAGAUCGAUGGGUGGAAUCAGGAAGAUGAGGAUCCCACCGUCCAGAAGAACGACAAGGACGUGGACAUUGGCAAUGACGAUGAGUACAAGGCGGAGAUGGCACUGCGUGUGCCAGAGGUCCGAGAAGCUGAAAUGGAGUACAAGGGCAUCAAGGUGAAACUUCCGGAGACUGCUAAUCAGGAUGUGGGGACCUAUCGCUUCCGUCGCGACUCCCAGGAUCUCAAGGAGGUCGGCGACGACACUCGCCUUGUCCGGUUCGACAAGAAGUAGACGAAGCAUUUUUUUAGUCUUGGGCACAAUAUUUUUCCUUAUCUCAUGGUUUUCAAAUUUGUUUGAAUCUGUUGGCGGGAUAUCUUAAGACUUUUGUAAUCAAGUGUGUUGAUGAAUGGGGGUUCCUAGUAGAAGUUGAGGCGUUAGUAUAAUCGAAAUAAAACAUAAAUACAAAGGA